AUUUAUUGAUUUCUUUGUUUAUUCGCUUUUACCACUCCACUGAAUUCGAACAAGUCGAGAGUUAUGCAAGUUCCGAUCAAUUGCCCAUCUGUUCAAUUGACAAUUCAAUUUGGGAGAGAAACUGUAACCCUAACGCAACCACUCGGUGUUCAACCAAUUGCUUUCAACGGGACAAUAUCAGUGGUUCAUAAUAAUAAUAAUAAUAAUAAUUUAUUACGCUCGCUGGGAGACGUGAAGGAAUACAGAAUACAAAAGUUAUCAUUGUUCGCUUGAACUAGAAUUGGUGCAAUCGGGCAAUUGUUUCCAUUCCAUUAGAAUGUUGUCCUUGUCCUUGCGUUGUCCUUGCGUAGACUCCCCCAUAGUGGGCGAGCGAUUCCCGAGUGAAAAUAAUCACGGAAUCAAGAAUCUAUCAAUCAUGAAAUGGAUCAAGUAAAGGAGAUUAUGGACGUCUGGAGCGGUUAUCGCUACAGGGGAGAAAAGAAGUUGAAAAACAUUCAUACCAAUAAUGCUACUUCGAUCAGGAUGGAUAAGAAUAAGAAACGUAGUACUGAGACAUCAGAAAAGAAGUUUGUUGGCGUAUUCACCGAGUGUUCGCGGAAACCAUUUGAGGCUACCAUGGUCAAGAAACUAUUCCGUCGAGAAGGAAUUUAUUUCAAAUCGGUUGAACAUUCGUCAGUGCCGAUUCAAAAACCUGGGCGCUUUUAUUUCAACGUGGAGCUCUCGCGCAGUGAGGAUAUUAACAAGAUCCAAAUUUCCGAUGAUUGGGUGGAACAGUUUAAGAUCUCUAGUUUGCUCGAAGACUCUCCACCGUUCUUCUUCUAUGCACUCACGCCACAUGAGUUGUUGAUGGUUGCAAAUUGAUUGCAACGUUCCAUGAUCUUCAUCAACUGUCCCCCGUCAAAUCAGCGAUGGAUUUAAUUUUCGAUGAAGAACUUGUCCGCAAAUGCUUGAAUGAUUUGUAAACCAUCCAGGAGCUCGAGAAAGUUAGUUUUUAUCCUGAAAAUUAAGAUUUCAAACAUUUCAGAAUCUGUCAACUGGCUCCAAACGCCAACUUGCCGAAAUCUGACUGAAAAGAAGACUGAAGAGAGCGACGAUGAGCUGAUUGAGUGAAACGAACCAGAUGAAUACAAUUUAUACUUUUAAUUCUUCGUUUUUUGGUAAACUUUCUGCUUUUAUCAUAUUAUUCACAUUAUUUCUGGUGAUUUGAAUUGUCUUUUAAUUC